UGCUGUUUAAAAUCAGAGGCGAGUUGAAAAGUACUUUCGUAUUCCUUGCGGCUCUGUUCAAAAUGCCGCACAAGCGUAAAACCCGACUCAAUAUGAACCAGAGGACCUCCACGACGCGUCGUGUUCAAUUGGCGCCCACAGCAAGGCCAAACAUCCUGGUUCAAUCCUGCAAUGGCGUCGAGGCGGAGAUCCCGAUGCCGGAUAAUCCGAAGCCCAAAAGUACCGGACCGACGUCCCAGAGACCCUUAAUAAUCGACAAGUUUGCCGUGCCCCAGUACAACACCACCGUGCGCAAGCAAAGCGAGGUUCAGAUAAUAUCCCACAUUAUGCUGGACACGAAAAUUCAAUCGGAAGCUAAUGCAGUUAUAGCACCAAAGGUCACCCAGAAGAUGAACUUCCCGCCGGAUCAGACUGUCUUCAAGGAUCUGGUGCCCCUAAAUGUCAACGAUUCCGUGCUGGUGCCGAAAAAAAUCAAAACCGAUGCCUCGAAGAACAAGCCCUCCAAGGAAACCGAGCCGAACAAGGCCAAAAGCGAGCCCCAACUGGCCGACUAUGCGGAAAAGGUGGAACCCAUUGAGAUGGCCAUUCCGGAGCCACAGAUCCAUUUGGAUUGCACACAAGAACCCUUUGAUUUUCUCGGCGCCUAUCGCCAGAUCUACUAUUAGAGUUACAUUUUAUUUAUAAAUAUAUCCGAGUCGCAUGUUGGGUAGCUUGGUUAA